AGAAAAUCUUGAUUUUUCAAUAAGAUUAAAAAUUUUCACUGCCUUUAGAUGUCGCUCAAUAGUCAAUAAUCUUCAAUAGUACUAACUACUAAGGGGGUAAGCACAUCACUAGUUCAAGUACCGCUGGCGGCGAGUCCGAAGGUAUUGCGAGUGUAUUUUCAUUUAUUUUAUAGCGAAAGACAAUAAUUUUACAGCCAAGUGUAUAAGAAAUGACCGCUGAAAACGAACGUGAAAUAUAUCAUAAGUUGGAAGCCAUGAAAGAAAUUCGAAAUAAAACAAUAACCCUGGAGAGGUUAAAGCGUAGCAUUCUGAAUGAGGUGCGCAGUGGAGACCAGGAGGGGCGCUGCCUGGCGCAGUACAAACGAGAGAUGGAGCUCCUGCAGCAGGAGAAGAUGAGCCACGUUGAGGAACUGCGCCAGAUACAUGCUGACAUCAAUGCUAUGGAGACGGUGAUCAAGCAGACCGAAGAGAGCAUGACGCGCAAGCUGUCCAACGCAUCGCGGCUGCACGAGGACUACCGGCCGCUGAAGAGCGAGGUGGACCUGCUGCGGCGGCAGUGCCUGGGGCUGGAGCGGCUGCCCGACCUGCACGAGGAGGAGGGCAGCCCCGUCACGGCCGACCGCUUCCCGGGCGCGCUGGCGGGCGGCGCCCCCGCCGCCGCCGCGCUCGCUGGCCGCCUCCCCGCCGCGCCGCGCAAGCCGCCGCCGCCGCCGCCCGCGUUCAGGUCUGCACUCGACCAAGAUUUCAUUACGGUCUCGCUGAGGCAGCAGCCGCCGCCCAUGAAGUCGUGUCUGUCGUGUCACCAGCAGAUCCACCGCAACGCGCCCAUCUGCCCGCUCUGCAAGGCCAAGAGCCGCUCGCGCAACCCCAAGAAACCCAAGAAGAAAUAGUCGCCUCGGCCGAGCGAAACACACCGAUCUCACUGUUCAUAGUACAUUGUAAGGCCCUCUCCAUAGCGUCACGCGUCACUGUACAUAACUCUCCUAGGUUACGUGUUACUGACACUGUCCUGCCAGCUCUGCAGGUCGCUCCCGUACCGAGCCACAGCGGUGUGGCGCCACCGGCUCAGCUAGACUAUCAGUUGAUGUAUAUGUUGCAGCUAACUAGCUUUAUCUGCUGUUAAAUGAACAGCCUAGACUUUUUACUAAACGGCUAUAUUUUGUAAAAUAAAGCGCGAUAUUUAUUAAAUUCGCUUCUUUUAUGGACACGGUCCCAACCUAAGGAAUUGUCUGACAAUAGACCAGUAAAUUUAUUAUUGAUGUGACUUUAUCUCCGUAGUUGAUAUUUAUUUGGUUGCAAGCGUCACCCCUCACGUGCAGCUGUUUAGUAAAGAGCUGGGCUGUUAAUUGACCUGCUACCUGAGCUAGUUGGCUGCCGCAAAAUAUAGUGUAUGUUAAGAUGACGAUUUGUACAUAUUAUAGUCGUUUACUAAGUAAUAACCCCUGCAGGUAAGUCAUCGGCUGACUUAAAAUAGAUACAUGACAUGCAAAACACAUCAAUAUAAUUUCAACCAUCACAUAAUGACAAAAAUCCAGAACUGACUUGAUUUAGAGUAAAUUACUUUAACACGCCAAUGUUUUAUUGACUGUUCAUCCAACAGUCAAUAAAACAUUGGCGUGUUAAAUAAAGUUACCAGAAAUGGGAAACCUAAAAUAAAAGCGUUUUUUUUUACAAAUAAUAAGACACGAUUAAUACCGAAGAUGUUGUAGGUUAACAUAUAAAUGUUAGCAUAUUCAUACAUGUCUCAGAAGGCCGCACCCGCGUGAGUAAAGCCGCGCGACUCGCGACCCGCUGCGACGCCGCGGCGGCGGGAGCUCGCGCGGCGUCUCGUGCGUCAUGUCCGUGUCCCACAUUCGCUGUGUACUUGUGUAUACAUUAUUAUUACAACAAUUCUGACACCGAAGCUCUUUGUGCCGAAUCCAACUAAAUAACCUAUUGUUUUAUUUUGUUACUCACAAAUACUAACGAUAAAAUAAGCAGUACCUACUUUGUUAUUUGUUUAUAACAAAUUAAAACGAUAUCCUCGCGUAUGUUUUAGACAACUAUUUUGAACUAUUGAAUGCCAAUUGAAACAUGAUGUAUUUAGGUGUUGUAAAUAUAAAUGUGUUCUAUGUACCUAUAUUAACAUAAUCAGUAUUAUUUAUUGCUUAGUACGGAACUGUUUGUGUGGUUAGGGAUAUCACACUAACAUUACUUUGUACUGACUAUUAUGGAUGUUUCUUUUCGUGUGCGCAUCCUGUAAUACAAGUACAUUUAUAAGUAAAUAGUACGUAAUGUCUGUACAUAGCCGUGUGCACUCAAUGUUUGAUAGUUUUGUUUUUAUAAUAUAAAACGUUCUAUCAAUGUCA